AUGCCCAUGCUAACUUCGGGGGCUCGGGGGGAGCAAGGGGAGAGCAGGCUAGAAGGGUCAGGCCCUCCUGGGGUCUCCGGGAUUUUGAAGCGACAGCGGGGCCGCUGCUCAUGGCUUGUGGCGCCCGGAACACUGCUGCCGCGGCCACGGCGGCGCCUUCCUUCUAGACCUCUUCGCGGGCUCCGAGCCGGGACGCAGCUAACGCCCCAGCCCCGCAGCCCUCCCCUCCGCCUCCCCGGCCGCGCACCGAGCCGCCUCCAGCGCCGCCCCGCGCUCAGCUGGGCCAGCGGCAGCCAGCGCCCCCCAGCGCCCGGACUCGGGGCCGCCGCCGCCGCCCGCCAGCCCACUCGGCGGCCCCAGCCCCGCUGUGACGCAGGCCGCCGUGCCCGGGAACUUCCUUCCCUGCCGAGACCACCCCACGCCCGGCACUGGCCGACCAGGGCUGCCGCCCACCGCUGGGGACUUUUACGGGACGCGGGGAAAACUCAUCCUCUGCUUGCCGGAGGGGCCGCUCCGGCCUCUGAAACGCCCACCUGGCGGCUCCGCCUGGGGAAUCGGCGGCGUCGAAGACCCCCCCAUCCCAACCCGCGCCCCGAAACCCGAGGCUUCCCCGCGCUCAGCGUCCGCUCCACUGCCGCAGCUCCUCCCCGGGCCUCAGAUCUGUUCUGUGUGCCGACCACUGAAGACAAACGGACAGAUGCCAAGAGCGAGAUACCCUUCUGCAGCAUUUCACAAGAAAGUGAGGGACUCAGCAUGGUCUUUGCCAAACAACUUCUGUGGAGAUUGAAACAGGUCAGCAUUUGAAGACAAGAGGAGUCAACGUUUUAUCUGAAGAACCAAUGGAAAUAUGGCACUAAAGAUCAGGGCCAGGGCCCCAAAGUUUGUUCAAGAGAGCAUCAGAGCAACUCAGAGCUAGAACUGGCCUUACAGUCACCUAGCUCACUGUUUUAUUGAAGAGGAAAUUGAAGUAGGCUUAGUGACAUUCUGGGAGUGAAACCUAACACAGCUGGAAGAACAUUCACUGAGGACCUCAGGGACCCACGUGCAAGACUCAGCAGAGCCCAGGUCUGGGCCUGGAACUGUCUGAAACUGAGCGCCAGGGCACAGAGGAGGCACACAGCUCAUGCUCCAGGACAGCACCCCCCAGGUGAGGAAUGCCUGAUGGGCACACAGUCGGCCUUUGGAGCUGGCACCCAGCGGAAUGUCCCCUAAAUGCAGGAGGGAGCUGACAUCUCUCAGUGCCCCGGAGUCAGGAGGUGCGUCUCUCCAACUGGGAGCCUGUUAGUUGACUGGACCCUUAAGCCCAAUGCCCCAGGGAACAGAAACCAAAGAACUGACACAUUAGAGGCAUUUGUUGGCCCCAGGUCAGACUCCAGGCUCACCAUCAGUGGUUAUGGACCUGCCUCAGAUGUCAAGCUAUGGUGUAACAAUCCAAGACGGCAGAGCACCUCGCAGGUCACGUUCUUACCUGUGCAACCUCAGGACAUUUCCCCUUACUGGAAACUAACCUGAGCAAGAUGAAGCCCUCCAGGCAAUGUUCCUGUCUGUCCUGCCCUACACAGCGUCUCUUCACUGCACGCUUGGCCCUCCUGAUGCAGAGGCCUGGCAGAACAGCCCUUUAAAAUAAUUCCAUUUCCCUUUACUUGCUCUUGUACCUUAAGUGCUUUAGUGAAUAAAGGUCUUGUUCCUAUGUCAUUUAAAUGAGUCAUUUCAAAAGCUAAAACUUAAAUGUGUGACAUUCUCAGGCUCUUAAGAAAAUUACUCAUUAACCCUGAUCAACACUACGCACUCACUGAGUGUUUCGUGUACAUCAGAACAUUGGAGCUGGCAGGCACCCUAGAGAGCAUCUGGCCUCACCUUCUCAUUAGGAUCAGUAAGGCUGGGCCCCUGAGCACGUUACAUAGGCAGAUUCCACUGGAAAUGGCAGCGUCACAAGGGCUGAUGAUGAAUCCCACCAGACACAAGGAUGCUUUCUUCUCUCCCUGAGCUGACCUGUGGCAACCUCAGCACUGCCAGAUUCCCAGAGCCACAGCUCAUCCAGAGAAGCGUGUGACUCUCUUGAGGGCCCCUCCAGCCAUGGGCUCAGCCAGGACCUCUGCUGAUUAUCUAAGGCAGCAUCU